UCUGCGCUUCAGUAUGCACGUGGCAUCCGAGUCGGCUGGACGUGGGAGCUGCUUUCUCCGUCACCAUGAAGCGGCCUAAAUUAAAAAAAGCAAGUAAGCGCAUGACAUGUCAUAAGCGGUUUAAAAUCCAGAAAAAGGUACGGGAGCAUUACCGAAAAGUGAGGAAGGAAGCCAAGAAACAUGGUCACAAAAAGCCAAAGAAGGAUCCUGGUGUUCCCAACAGUGCCCCCUUCAAAGAGGCCCUUCUUCGGGAAGCUGAGCAAAGAAAGCAGCAGCUUGAAGAACUAAAGGAGAAGCAGAAACUUAACAAACAUAAGGAGCAAGCACAAAAACGAAAACAUGAUGAAAACAAUGUUGCUUCGUCAAACACAGAACCACCAGAAAGGGAAUUUGUGGGAAGAAAGGCAAAGCUAUCUUGCAGAACAGUCAAGCAAGGCUCAAAAAAAUCAUUUUGUAGAGAACUUCAAAAGGUGAUUGAGGCCUCAGAUGUUUUGCUGGAAGUUUUGGAUGCCAGAGAUCCCUUAGGAUGUAGAUGUCCCCAGGUGGAACAAAUCAUCACACAAACUGGAGGAAACAAAAAACUGUUGCUUGUCUUGAAUAAAACAGAUCUGGUGCCAAAGGAAAGCUUGAAUAAAUGGGUCCAUUGCUUGAAGAAAGAACUCCCAACAGUUGUUUUUAGAGCCUCAGCAUUUGGAAAGGAAAAGAUAAGGAUGCCAGGGAAGAAGAAGCUGGACCUCAGCAGGCAUGGCAUGUGCUUGGGUGGAAAGAGCCUUUUGACACUCCUCAAUGAUUUUUGCAAGACUCAAAACAAGGCUAUUCGAGUUGGUGUGAUUGGUUUCCCAAAUGUGGGCAAAAGCAGCAUAAUCAAUAGUUUAAAACAAGCAUAUGUGUGUCAUACUGGACCAGCCAUGGGUCUUACAAGAUACAUGCAGAUUGUCCACAUUGACAAGAAUAUCACGAUGUUAGAUAGUCCGAGUAUUAUUGCAUCUCCUUCUAACUCUCCAGUUGCUCUUGCUUUGAGAAGUCCCACAAAUAUUGAAAAAAGAGAACUAUUAGAUUCAGUAACUACAAUCGUGGAACACUGCAAUAAACAGCAGCUAAUGUUACGAUACAACAUCCCAAGCUAUAGAGAGUCUCAAGAAUUCUUGACUCUGCUAGCACAGAAGAGAGGGAUGGUGCGGAAAGGUGGUCUACUCAAAGUGGAGGAGGCUGCUAAAUUGUUCUGGUCUCAUUGGACAGGCCCCAAAAUGAGUUACUAUUGUCUGGUUCCUCCAUCAUUGACUUUUUCUUCGCAUCUUACUGAGAAUAUUGUAGGAGAUAUGCAGCAGGGUCUUAAUCUAGAGGAGCUAGAAAAAAACAACUUGGGUGCCAUUAGAGCCAUCAGGGGUCCCAGAUUGUCAAGUAGCAUCCUUUUCCAAUGCUCUGGUCUGACCAAUGGCAUAACAGAGGAGAGGGAUGUGCCUGAGGAACUACCGAGACAGGAAGAGAAUGAAGACUAUGAUGAUGCAGAAGAAGAGGAAGAGGAUGAUUUUCUGUACGAAGAAGAUGAGGACAGUGAUGAUGAAAAUGUCGUCGAUGAAAGAAGCAGGGUAGGGACCAAAAGACUUAAAGUGGAAGAAGAGCUCCAGCCAGGUAAAAAGUUUGGUGCUGGAGCAGAAGAAAAGUCUUUUCAUGUGGAUAAGAUGAUAGAGGAAGACGAUGACACUUAUAAUUUUAAUACAGAUUACGUGUAAUGCAACUUAGUCCGUUAUGAACUUACUGAAUUGCUAUUAACUUGAUUGCUAAGUUAUCUUGAUACAAGAUAUUAUGUAUAUACUACAGCAAAAAUGAUUAUGGUAUGAGAAACAUGUACAGAAAUUAUUAUUUGUAGAUAUGUAAAACUUGAACAAAUGGGUAAUAGAUAGGAUGUCUGGGAUUUUUUGCUAAAGUGAACUGUUUGAACUGAUGAAAGACUUGUCAUAAAAUAAAUACUUUGUCACCAUUGA